AUGUUCGGCUCCACCAACCCAUUCGGGCAGUCGUCCACCAGCCCAUUUGGCCAGACCUCAUUUGGAACUCCGCAGGGAUUCGGCCAGUCUUCCACUGCUGCCAACAAUCCCUUUGCCCCAAAACCGUUUGGCAGCCCAACGACAACUUUUGGGGCACAGACUGGAAGCUCGCUCUUUGCAACUACAUCCACUGGUGCCUUUGGCCAGCAUCAAUCCACUCCCGCAUUUGGCACAACAUCUACUGGUGCCUUUGGCCAGCAGCAAUCCACUCCCACAUUUGGCACCCCAUCCUCCUCUCCGUUUGGGAGCUCCACACCAGCCUUUGGUGCAUCCCCCACUCCUGCCUUUGGUGCCACAUCCUCUGGAUCUUUGUUCGGACAGAAGCCAAGUUUUGGGGGUUUUGGGUCAUCUCGUAGCCAGUCAAGUCCUUUUGGUAGCACGUUCCAGCAAACACAACCAACAUUUGGCAGCAGCACUUUUGGUUCAUCAACUACGCCUGCGUUUGGUACCACGACUACGCCUGCAUUUGGCACAACUACGCCAGCCUUUGGCACCACAACUACACCUGCCUUCAGUGCAUCGACUACCCCAGCAUUUGGUUCAACAUCAACAUCUUUAUUUGGUGCUUCUAGCACACCAGCAUUUGGUUCUACAGCCUUUGGUACAUCUUCUACUGGUUUUGGAACUUCAGGGACUACAGCAUUUGGUGUAAGUAGUACUACUCCAGGUUUUGGAUCUUCAAGCACACCUUCAUUUGGCACAUCAGCUAGCGCAUUCAGUUUUGGUUCUUCACCAUCUUUUGGACAAACAACAGUUUCCUCUGGUGGCACUCCCUUUGGAACAACUCCGUCACCUUUCGGUGCACCAGCUCCUGCAUUUGGCUCACAGACAGCAGCGCCAGCUUUUGGACAACCACAAUUUGCUAAUCAAGCUGGAGGAACCAGAAUAAAACCUUAUUCUCAAACACCAGAUGUUGACAGUGCUACUAGUGGUACUCAGCCUGCUGCAAAACUUGAUUCCAUAUCAGCAAUGCCUGAAUACAAAGACAAGAGUCAUGAAGAAUUGAGGUGGGAAGACUACCAGCGUGGAGACAAGGGUGGACCAAACACUUCUGGAACUCCAGCAGUGGCACCUAGCUUUCCAUCAUCAAUGCCACAGAAUGCUUUUGUUUCGACAAGCAAUCCCAAUCCAUUUAACCAGCCUGCCACAAACCCAUUUUCAACAAACAAUCUAUUUGCUCCUAAGCCUGCUUCAACUAUUACUUCACCAUUCAGCACCUCAUCAUUUAACAAUGUAUCAGUUGCAAGUUCGAGCCCAUUCACAUCAUCCAGUAGUACCACAAUGUUUGGGCAAACAGGUGUUUCUACAUUUCCAGCAAAUAAUUCGCCAUCAUUAUUUGGAAAUACCAAUCCUGCUCCUUCUACAUUGUCAUUAUUUGGCACAUCAAUGACGAAUAAUUCAAGUCCAUUCGGCACUGGCUCAUCGUUGGCUAACACUCGGUCAGCCCCACUAUUUUCAUCAGCAUUUGCUCAACAGACAUCAAGUACACCGGCUUUCUCCUCUGGGAACCUAUUUGGGUCAACUAAUCCUGGUGGUCUGUUUAGCAGUAGCGGUCCUUCACUUUUUCCAACAUCAACAUUUCAGCCAUCUCCCCCUGCUCAAACUUCUAACAUAUUCUCCUUCCAACCUGCAAUUCAACCAGCUUCUACAGGUGUAUUCCCUGGUUUUUCCAACACUACGAAUCAGGCCUUGAUGGGACAGCCAACUCCUAGCCAGUCCAGUAUGGUCAUGCAGCCUGCUCCUGUUUCAAAUCCAUUUGGGACGCUUCCAGCAAUGCCUCAGAUGUCCAUUGGGAAUGGUGGAUCUUCACCUUCAGUUCAAUAUGGAAUAUCAAGUUUGCCGGUUGCUGAGAAGCCUCUUCCAAGUAGAUCAUUGUCCAUGGCGGUUCCUAGGCAUUUGUCACAGAGAAGGAUAAAACUGCUCCCGAGAAAAUAUAAUCCAAUAUCUGAUAGCAAGGUUCCAUUCUUUGCUGAUGAUGAAGAAUCUCCAACAACACCGAAGGCGGAUGCUUUUUUCAUCCCUAGAGAGAACCCAAGGAAUCUGGUAAUUCGUCCAAUUGAGCAGUGGCCUUCGCGGAGAGAAACUGACCGGCAAUCGACUUUGAAGAAUGCCACUGAUUUGAACAAAUAUGAAGAUGUUUCCCCUGAAAGUGAGCGUGGUAAGUCUGCCAUGUCACCAAGCAUCAGGCCUCCUGCAGUGGAAAAUGACAAUCAGCAUGAGGCCAGGGCCAUGGUUCAGCAUGGGAAUGGAAAUGUUACUUCAGUCGAGAGGUUGUUGCCUAAGCUUCCACGUGCAGAUUACUUCACAGAGCCUAGUAUAGAGGAGAUUGCGGCCAAAGAACGUGCGGAGGCAGGCUACUGUGGCCGGGUGAGGGACUUUGUCGUGGGGCGACAUGGCUACGGUAGCAUCAAGUUUCUGGGGGAGACGGACGUGAGGUGCCUGGAUCUGGAGUCAAUCGUGGAGUUCAACAACCGGGAGGUGAUUGUGUACAAGGACGACAACAAGAAGCCCCCUGUGGGUGAGGGGCUGAAUAAGGCCGCGGAGGUGACUCUACUGAACAUCAAGUGCGUAAACAAGAAGACCGGGGAGCAGUACUACGAGGGGGCAAGGGUGGAGAGGUACAGGGAGAUGCUGGUGAAGAAGGUGGAGGAGCAGGGCGCAGAGUUUGUGUCCUUCGAUGCUGCCAAGGGAGAGUGGAAGUUCAGGGUGAAGCACUUCAGCGCCUAUGGGCUUUUGGUGAUAUCCUAA